CAUUGUAUUCUUGUUUUAUUACUUCAAUGCUCUUCGAAAAUGUUACUUAUAAAAUGUGUCGGGUUAUUUUUUUUGCUGUCAUGUCAAGCUGGUAGUGGCCAAGUCGUAUCGCGUGUUUUUUUGAUAAACCAUAUAGGGUACAUGGUGGAGUUGAUCCAAGAGACUGUAAUGGAGAUUGAACGCCGCCAUUGGUCAAGUUUAAAAGCUGAUGACUUUAUCGUUGAUGUUGACGCGACUGUCUUGGGCAAGCAUUUGUCCGGUACAAUAAGCUAUAGCAACGGCUUUCUCGUGACCAUUCAAGACGUGAACGUUCUCGAGACCAGCCUCACGCAGGCUUGGUCGCUCCAGCCUGAUAAUACAGUCAGAGUAGAAAUGCAAGGUCAGCUUAGAAUAGUCGACGUACAAAUAGGAUGGGAUGUGAAUACUAAUAUUAAUGGAAAUCACUAUUACACCGGUAGCGUCCGUAUUCCAUUAAUUACUUUUAAUUUUUCGGUCAUCAAGAAUAUGCAUACCCAUAAGAUUACAGUCACCGUGACAGGAGAACAGGAUAUGACACAAACUAGUUCAAACUACUAUAAGAUGCAUCUAGUGCCAUUCAACACUUUGUCCGACACACUGAUGUCCACGUAUCAAGCAAAUACAACCAUCAGAACAGUAAAUACAUGGGCUAUAGAAGUAAUUCAACCGAUUGCUCACGACCUCGUCAUGAAUAAAUUAGAUUUUCCGGAACUUUGCUACGACUGCACUCUGACGGAAGCUAAUGAAGACUGGUAUGGAUAA